UAAGUGUUUGGAUUUCACUCGCUGUUCAGUACUUAACAGUGCGCGCGAUGCCCGAUGCCGCUUAAUUAUCGACGACAGUGGUAGUGAACAUAAUAAUUUAUAUUUAAUCAUUGUGACGUUAUAUUUGAGACAGGAUGUCACUGGAUAUCGAGAUUAAAUCUGAGCUGGAUUUGAGCGACCCGAGUGAAGAACUUUUGAAAUGGGCUAAAAAAAAUAUUAGAGAAGAUCCGGACACUAGAUGCCAAACGUUAGAGGAAUUUAAGGAUUUGAUAUAUUCUAAAGGGGAGUGUACACCUCAUAGAGUGGACGAUGCAUUUUUGCUACGGUUCUUAAGAAGUAGGAAAUUCAGCUUAGAGGCAGCCCACAAACUUUUAGUUAAUUACUGUGACCUCAGAGAAGACAACCCUCAGUUCGUCGACGGAAUUGGCUUUGAACUUUUGGAAAAAGUCGGAGAACUCGAUGUAAUUAGUGUUCCACCUUACAAAGACCAGGCAGGAAAAAGAAUACUUUUAUACAAGAUUGGCAAAUGGCAUCCUGAUACAUUCACGGUAGAUGAUGUAUUGAGUGCAUCAUUGCUAAUUCUGGAAUUAGCAAUCCUUGAACCAAAAGCCCAGAUGAUGGGAGGUAUUUGUAUCCUGGAUUUCGAGGGAAUCACCAUGCAGCACGCAUUAUAUAUGACUCCAGCUCUAGCCCGUAAGGUUAUCCAGAUCGCCGUGUCGUCACAACCCAUGAGACUAGAAGCAAUGCAUGUCAUUAAUAAUUCCUGGAUGUUUGAAACCUUCUUCAAUUUUUUUAAACCUUUGCUGCAUGACAAAAUGAAAGAAAGACUGUACUUCCACGGAAACGAUAUGGAAAGUCUACACCAACAUGUGGACCCCAAAUGUUUGCCCGACAUAUACGGGGGGAUGCAACCGCACUACGAUUACAAGGAUUGGUUAGAUGGGUUCCGUAAAAACAAGUCGAUUCUUAAGGAGCUAAAUCGUCAAGGAUAUGCAGUACCACAACCAUGAAAUUGUUUUUUGUGUUUAGCAAAGUGUCCUACUUCAAUCCAGUGCAUCUUUAAAUCUGGUGUCAAUGCGUUGUUCCCGUUAAGAAACUUUCUCAGUUCUUAGUAACCUAAAACCAGUAGAAUUUUUCGACGCCAGAUUUAAAUGAUCACCUGAUAUUUAUAGUAGAUACAUUCAGUUUACAAGAACAUUAGCCAAAUAUAUAACUUUUGUAAAAGCUAGGUAAUUGAAGUGGAUGUGUUAUUAAUUGCCAUCUUUUGUAACUGAUAACAAUAAAAAAUGUAUGUACAUAAA